GCUGCAGGAGGUGAUGGAGACCAGAAAGAAAGAGAUGGAGGAGAUAAAAGAUGAGAACAGCAGCAGCUCAGACAGUCAGGAGACGUCAGGAGACAUCACUGUGUUCGUUGAUCCCAGCUGCAAAUAUAUCUGUCUGAGAAACAAGUCUAAUCAGGACAAACCACUGGGAGGACGUCAGUUAAAAGUCCAGAUCAACAAUAGUGAACCCAUCACAUACACAUUUGAUCCAUCAGUGGAACUCAAGGCUGGAAAGUCUGUUACUUUAUACCGUCCAGGCUGUGAGAGUUAUGCCUCACCUGAUGGGCUGGAAUGGAAGGAGCUGAAGUCCUGGAAGUCUGGAGACAGAGUCCAGGUCUCUCUGCAGUGAAAUAGUUCCCAGUUGAACUCCUUCAAUAAAGUUCAGUAAUCCAGCAAACAGCAACAUUAUAGAUGAGAAACAGCACGAAUCAGAUCUUCCUGCAGAA